CUUCUGGCUACCAAGACUCAAAAGGUCAAUGUUGUGGGGAUGGAUGGAUGAUUGGAAAGCUCAUGAAUUGAGAGUUUCUGAAACUUGUUACCAACCAUCCCUGCCUGAAACAUCUAGUCCCAGGGGUUAUAAACGUUGUUAUCCGGUAAAGAUAAAGAUAAACUAUGCUUGGCAAAUUCGAAUUUUAGGUGAGAGCGCUUGAUUGCGGGUGGCACUGACUGCAAGGUUAACAAGGUUCAAGAAGGGUCUUGCUGAAGUCUUUGAUACUUCAAGAAGCGCGACAUCAGGCAGAUGCUUUUGCGAGCAAAAAAAUAUGUCCAGGAGUCGAUUGGAUCAGUUGUAUCGUAGAUUACUUCUUUCCAAAUUCUUCACCAAAGGAUGGGGAAAACCGGACAAUUUGAAAAGGAUUUUUGCAUUUCGUAAAAUCCUGUCAAACCGGGAAACUUGUCAGCAUUUGGUUGCCUCUGAUUAUCCCAUCCAUAUUGAUAAGGAAUACAAGGAUGGUGACUGUCGUGUUUUGGAAGGACACUUUCUGUCUCCUUUCGUUCACCACCUGCCCGGUAUUAUGCCAAAGGAAGUUGAAACAGCAAAUUUUCAGAUGAUUUUGCCUGUGCAGUGGCGUCACCCAAUACACCGACCUGUGUGCAUACAUCUGGCUGGCACUGGAGAUCAUUUUUACUGGAGAAGAAGACUACUUACAGCUAGACCUCUACUCAAAGAAGCUGGGAUUGCCUCAAUAAUCCUGGAAAAUCCAUAUUAUGGGUCUCGAAAACCAAAAGAACAACUACGAUCUAGUCUUCACAAUGUCAGCGACUUGUUUGUGAUGGGUGGGGCCUUAGUGCUGGAGUCCUUGGCGCUGCUGCACUGGUGUGAGAGAGAAGGCUGGGGGCCACUAGGCAUCUCUGGAGUCUCCAUGGGAGGACAUAUGGCAAGUGGAGUGGCGACUUUGUGGCCCAAGCCUCUGUCAGUCGUUCCCAUAUUGUCAUGGACAACUGCCUCCAUUAGUUUUACUGAGGGCGUCAUGAGUGGGGCUAUUCCGUGGCACACUUUACAAGAACAGUUCUUUGAGAACAAUGUCUACCAGGAUGAAAUAAGGAAGCUCAUUGUAUCUCCGGAACAGAACAGGCGAAAAGCUUAUGACAUGGGACAGGAUUUUGUGAAGAAUUAUGCUGACAGAAUGCCGGAGAUGGAAAGCCUCCACCAACAACAGGAAGCAGGGGCAUCAGCAGUCGCCCAUACUGCCAUCUUGUCUCAGGGCGUGGCACCAGGUUCCCUAACGACGGCUGAUCUACGUUCUUCCUCCAAGGAAAUAAAUUCUGAGAACAGUAAUUCUAAAGUUGGACCAAGUGUGGUAGAAAGUGGGACUCCAGGUCAUCCAUCACAAGCUGCACAAAAUGAGAACCUUAAAGGGGAUGUCUCCAAGGUAAAUGUCAGUCUGUCUCUAGAGGGGUACGUUGCUCACACUGGAAUACGGAACUCAAAAUCUUCCAAUGAGCCUUUCCAGAGUUCCACAGGCCACAAAACUGUUUCGUCAGCCGGGACUGAUUCCAGGGUGUUUUCCUCUGUUGCCACAUCUCAGUCAACUGAUCAUUCUAAGUCAGCCUCACCACAUACCUCUGGGGUUUCAGCACCUGAAGUGGAGACUGCCACUGUGAUUGAAAACUCUGGUAAAGCAAAACCCAAGCGCUCGAGCCGGAAAGACUCUGUUAAACCUCUGACCGUCAGUUAUGCCCAGGCAAAAACAAACCAGCAGGCAAAGUUAUCAUCUCCCUCACCUGGCCGCGUUUCUGGAGCUCUGACUCUCAAACAUGCUUUAUCUAAGUCGAAAUUGAUACUCAGCCGACAGCCAUCGUCGCUCCCGACGGAAGAGGAGAAACUGAAAACUCUUCAGCAGGAGGCUCUGGACUUCAUGUGCGGAGUGAUGGAUGAGUGCACGCACUUGGGAAAUUUUUCGGUUCCUGUAGAUCCUGAGCUGAUUAUCAUCAUUGCAGCCAAACAAGAUGCGUACAUACCCAGAGACGGAGUGAUAGGCCUUGACCAACUGUGGCCAGGUUGUGAGGUGCGCUACAUCGACAACGGCCAUGUUGGGGCAGUAUUGUGGCAUCAGCGCGUCUUUAGACAAGCUGUCAUUGAUGCCUUUGCCAAGCAAGAGCAAAAGUAUCCGUCUGGUACUAGAAGUGACAAGGGACCUGGACAGGGGAGACCACUUGAAUACAAGUCCUGACGACAUGGCUGGAUAAGUCACAAUGUCCUCCUCUUAUGACUCUGUGAUCUUCAAGUUGUUUUUUUUUGUUUUUUUCCAGCCGAUUAUGAAAUACUGAUGAGAUGUGAGGGUGGGGAAAUUUUAGUCUUAAUUUUUAAUUGAAAGGAUUUGAACGUUUGUUGUAUUUUCAAAGAUAAAUUUAUUUUAAACGUCUUGGCAUAAAAAGCACUUUUUUUUCUCUUAAAUUUACCUAGUUUUUUAAUUUAUUUUUUUGUCUUUUAUCAUUUAAAAAAAUUCGUGACGGAAAGUAAGGAGUUGAAGUUAAGACCUGCGUUGUUUUAAAAUAAUGACUUGUUUUUAUCCUUUAUCCAUUGAAAUGGAGUCGUAACAAUCCAAAUGUUUGUGGGGGCGGUAUUUUGUGUUACAUUUUUAUUUUGAAACAUUUCCCAUCUUCAACCUAAAUUAUUGCAUUUGCCUAAGAGUCCACACGGUCACGCACACACACACACACACACACACACACACACAUUCUUUGUGAAAUUGCACACAUUUGUUAUUGGGCAUUUACUCUCCCAGAUACUUUCAAAACAUAUUUGUGGGCGUCAGUGGUCUGGUGGUUAGGCUAUUGGACUCGUAAUUGUUAGAUUGCAGGUGGGGGGGGGGGGGGGGGGGGGUAAGGUUCAGCUUGGUCUGACAGGGUCCUUGGGAUAAACUCUUUAUUCAAAUUUUUCCUUUUGGCUUUGUCCCUUUGGAAACUGAUGUUCAAUUUGGAGGUCCUGCCCCUCAAAUAACUUUACAGUAUUGCAAAAGGCAUUAAACUUGUACAAUUUCUCACAUUUUUUCACACAACACACAUUGCUCAUACUCAUAUGCCCACAUCCAUUAUGAUAGAUAGAUGCUCUCUCAAACAUAUACAGACAAAAAAUGGAGUUAAUAUUCAUUUGAUUCUGUAUUUCCCAUUAUUUUAAGUGUCUUAGUGUCUAUUGAAAUUGCAUACCUGCAUCUAAUUAUACACAAUGUGUAUGGCCAAAGCCGAGGAAUAUAUUAGUGUUUAUUUUGUGCCAUUAAGGAAUUUACUUAAGACUUUUUUCUUCAAUGAAGAAAUGUCAUGCGGCCUACCUUUUUGCAAAUCACUUUUUGAAAUUCUUUGAGAAGAGAUUGGUGCUGUUUCAUUCUGUCCUUCAUCGUUCUGAUUCUUAAAACUAUAAACUUCAUGUUUUGACAAAGAUUGGUGAAUGAUCAAUCUGGCUGUUUGGCUUUUAUCACCGAAAAAUGAUUUUAGAUAUUCAACUUGCAACAAUGUCCAGUGAACUUUCCUUAGAUUGAUAUUAGCUUUGGCUUUCUCAAGGUCCUUGGUGGGACCUGAUACUAAUAUAAUGUAUAUUAUUAUUAAUAUUAACUUAAAGUUUGCUCUAGUGAUGUCAGAGAAUGAAAUCAGUUGUUUCAUGAAUUUAGUCAAUUUGUCAUUUGUGUUUCAUGUUUUAGGAUUAGCAUAAGUGUCAGAAAUACUCCGAGAAGCUUUGAUUGAAGCCUUCAUAAUGUUAUGUCCAUGUGUGUGGAGAUUUAUGUUUUUUGUGUUGAUUUUUACUCUUCUGGAAGGCUAGAGUUUAAAUUUAUCUUGGACCUAUUUUUGAUAUUUUUGUUUAGUGCAAGCAGAUACUGGGGAUAAAAAAAAAGAUUUAGUUGAAAGUGCUUGAAGUCUUUUCUACUUAAUAUGCAAGAAAAGUGAAAAGUUUAUAUUUUUCAAACUCGGGAUUUUUUUUCUUUAAAAAAAAUUUGUGAUUUUGAUUUUUGAAUUUUAUUUUUACACUUUUUUUUAGUCUUUCCAUUUUUUAAUUACUCUGGAGACAGGACCCUUGUUAUUGCAUUAAUACCGAUGGUGUGUUUUCUGAUGCAGCUGAGUGACUGUGUGUUGUAUUCCGUCAUAUCUGCAAAAAUACAAUCCGUGACACGCUCGAUUUUGUAAGAGUCUGUGUUGCUCGAUUUC